AUGAGUCGAGCUGACAGAAACUCAGUAUUCUCUUUCGGAGAAGAGGAUGGCCCUGAUGAAGAAAGAACGACUCCUGCGCUGCCUGACUUUGGAGCUCCGCCGGUCUCGCACGAUCGUGCCGACUACAGUGAACCCGCACUGGGUCAGCAUCAUUCUGACGAGGAGGAUCGACAGCAUCAUCGUCAGAUCGACGGAUACAACCAUAGAUCAACCACAGUUAUAAAUACAAAACGAAAAGAUAAACGAAAGCGCCAUUCUAAGAAACAUUCUGGAGCAAAAACACGGCAACACCGGCUCAACCGAAAGACUGGAGACCAAAUUGAUGACACGCGUGGAAUUCAAAUUCAACCAGCGAUUCCUCCUACGAUAUCCGAGGAAGUUGGAGAAUCUCUCACGCAGGCCGAUCGGGAUGACAUUAAAUCCCAUCGCUUCGAUGACGUCCCUGGGAUCCGGCGGCAUAUUAUCACGAAAACGCGCAAUAGAACUGUUAAGUUAAAUAAGGUCGGACCUCUGCCUUCAGUAAGCUCACUCCCAAGCACAAGAAGAAGUAGCGGCGUUGAUUUCGAAGUUGGGAAAGUCGUCCCCGCUCCUAUCCAUCAUGAGGUAUUUGUCGAACUUGAUGAGCUGGUAGUUGGCAAAGACAAUGAGCUUCAAUGGAAAGAAAAGGCCCGAUGGAUCAAGUUUGAAGAGGAUGUCGAGGAAAAUGAAGUUUGGUCAGAGCCUCUCAUUGCGAGCUUGACUUUCCAAUCAUUAUGGGAGGUUCGGAAGGGAAUAGAAAAAGGUGUUUGCUUGCUGGACCUUGAUGCCAAAUCUCUUCCACAAAUUGCCGCUAAAGUUGUCAACGCGAUGAUGAAUGAGGAUCUGAUCCGACAAUCUGACUCUAUUCCCGUGAUGAAUGCCAUUCUUCUCAAACACUCGAAGCAGCAUAUCAAGGAAAAUUACAAAGACUGGAGCCACAUUUUCUCCGAUCUUAUUAAACCCGAGGAAGAUGAUAAUGAAUUACCCGUGCCGAAAAAUUUAUACGACAAUCUCUACGACGCAGUAGAAAGAGUUGAGGAAGAUCAGGAUCGUUCACCCACAUUCACGAGAAAACUUCCUAAAAUCAUGUCGAAAAUUGCUUCAAAUGCCGAGAGUACAUCUGUUCUCGUGGGACAAGUAGGAUUUCUUCAGCAUCCGGUUAUGGCAUUCGUCCGCCUCAGACAUGCCAUCGACCUCGGCGAUGCUCUGAGUUUACCUAUUCCUGUUCGAUUCGUUUUCAUUCUCCUUGGACCAGAAGACAAAAUGGAUUAUCACGAGGUCGGGCGUUCCAUUUCUACCCUUAUGUCUAAUGCCAGCUUUCACGAUGCUGCUUACGAGGCGGAAUCAAAGACAGAUCUCUUGAAGAGUAUUCGGAUGUUUCUUGAUGAUUCAAUCGUUCUUCCUCCGGGUCAAAUUGAGGAAAAAGGAUUGCUGAAGUCGAUCGAAAAGUACCAAGCAGCAGUGAUCAAACGUAAACGAAUUGUAGAAUUCCAAAAAGAACUUGAGGAGAAGGGAGAAACUGUGAACCCGCUAUUUCGAACGGGGAAGUUUUGGGGAGCGAUGGUCAAUGACAUCAAACGGAGAUAUCCGCUCUACCUUUCAGACAUUAAGGAUGGAAUUAACUCACACUGCUUCAUCAGUGCGUUAUUUGUCUACUUUGCUCUCUUAUCUCCGGCGGUAUCAUUUGGAGGUCUGUUGGAAGAAAAGACAGACAGUUUUCUUGGGGUAUCUGAAACAGUCAUCGGCUCUGCUGCAGGUGGAUUAUUCUGCUCGAUCUUUUUAGGACAACCCUUGCUUAUUGUUGGUAUAACGGGACCUAACGUGGUUUUCGAAGAAGCCCUUUACAGCCUCUGCCAGUCAAAUGAGUACAACUUUCUAGCCCUCAGAUGGAGAAGAAUUGGGGAUUUCGGUGUGCCAAUUGCGCUCAUUAUAGUCGCUUGUGCGCAAUUGGGGAGCACCGUUUACACUCCCAAGCUGACGGUCCCAGAUGCGCUUUCGGAAGGAAUCGUACCGACUGAUCGAAACCUGCGUAUCCAGUACGGAGGUGACCUACUUGGUGGUUGGCUUAUUAAUCCGAUGGGAACAGACGAUCAUCCUAUACGCGGAGUUGAAAUUGGCAUCGCACUUCCGUUCGCUAUUCUGUGCUAUAUUCUCAUCUUCGUCGAGUCGCAGUUAGCAGAGAUGAUCAUUUCUGGGCCCGAUAGAAAACUCAAAAAAGGUGUAUCGUACCACCUAGAUAUUUUUGUGAUAGGAACCAUGAAUGGACUCUUGUCCGUUUUUGGAUGUCCUUGGUUAUGUGCUGCCUCUGUGCGAACUCUCACACACGUCAAUGCUGUGACAAUUACCGGAGGCUUUGAUGGCGCAAAAUUAGCCCCUGGUGAACGACCAAUAAUUAUUGGUGCAUAUGAGCAGCGCGUAUCUGGCUUCAUCAGCUCAUUGCUUCUUUUUGGAACAGUACUAUUGGGGAGAAUUCUUAAGGAAGUGCCGACAGCUGUUCUUUUUGGCAUCUUUCUUUACAUGGGGGUUGUCUCACUCGUUGGCGUCCAGUUCAUUGAUCGGAUUGUACUGUUUUUCAUGCCCUCAAAAUAUCAUCCUGACUACAGAUAUAUCCGCAUCGUCCGGCCUCUUCGUGUUCACUUGUUUACACUCAUACAAGUUGUCUUAACUGGUGUACUGUGGGGAGUUAAAAGCAGCCCUCUUGCUAUUGCUUUUCCGUUUUUCCUUGUUCUUUGUGUUCCCAUUCGCAACUAUCUUCUUCCCAAAAUAUUUACGAAAAAGGAAUUGCACGAAUUGGAUAACGAAACGCUUGACGAUGUUUACGAUCACGACAAUGCCUACGGAGAAGCGCACGCGGCAUACUAG